AUGGAGAUAUAUGAAACAGAGAAGAAGUACUGUUCGAGUUUGUGGAUCCUGUUGGACCACUUUGCAGGAUCACUCAGGAGAUCUCGACUGGUAUCCGGCGAUGUCGUCAGCCUCAUGUUUUCUCCAUGUCUCGAAGAGAUCUACAAGGACCACUGCCAGUUUUUGCACCAGUUGGACAUCCAGCUGAUCAACUGGAAUCCACAUGACACUACCACCAACAACAGCGGGGUCAUAGAUAUCUUCAGAGAGUUCUUCAAAUCAUCUGAUUGUCCACUAUUGAGGCAGUAUCAAGCCUAUGUUACUGGCUUCUCUGCAUCAUUGUUGAAAAUCAGGAAGGUAAUCAAGGAAAAUGAUGACGUUGCCACGUUGUUCAAGGUGUUACAAGGUGAUGCUUGCUGUGAUAGACUGGACUUGAAUGCUUUCUUACUGACACCUGUUCAAAGGAUUCCUAGAUAUGUUUUGCUGUUUAAGCAAUUGCUAAAAUACACCGACCAAAGAUCUGAAGAAUGGACAUUGAUUAACACUUGCCUGACAGAUUUGGCUAAUUUUUUAAAUUGUUUGAACGGUUCUAUUGAGCAAUCCCUGAAGUUGGUUUCCAUCAAAUCCUCGAUGAAGCCAAAAAAAAAAUUUGGGAUUUCUUUGAAAAGCAAUGCUCAACAACAGAAUGGUGAGAAAAUGUUCAGACAGUUAUCUACUGGUCAUCAAAGGAACAACUUGCAGUAUGAGCAGCCACAGCAUAACACUCUUCCGUCAUCUUCAAACAGCCAGAAAUCAACGCCAUUGAGAAGCAAGAUGAAGCUGAACAAACAUUCAAAGAGAGAAAGUAAAGCAUAUGACAACAUGGGUCUGGUUGAUGAGGAUGUCUUAAAUGGAACUCUUGUAAGGUCGGAGCUGGAGACCGAGGCACCAGAUUGUGGUGUAGUCGAACCUUCAACUCAGACCAUUGAACUGUUUCAGAAUAUCAUCCGUUUUUCAUCAGACGACGAGGAUCAGUUGAAGAGAAGGUUUUCAACAACUUUUUCAAAGUUUGAAAAUAAGAUUACAUCAUUGGCUGCACGACGUAAGAAAAAAAGCAACAAAACUGGCCCGCUAGUUGCUUCACACAAUAUCAGCGGCUUCACUGGAAUUAAAGAUGAGAAUUCCAAUGAAAAGUUUGAUGAAGUUGUUGUAGCAAAUUUAGAUGACGUUGAUGGUGAUGUAAGAGAAGUUGAAUUGUGUCGUGAGAGAAAGGGAGAAUGUCAAAAAACUUUUGAACUUUCAGCUAAUUCCACAGCAAAGCCGGAGAGUGGAGCUAUAGUGAGGAAAAAUUCGUCUAUUGGUGGGAGAAUUUUAAAAAAGUUCAAACCAUCAUUUGAAAAGGAAAAUUCAACGUUGCAACAGCGGGAAAGUGAACAACAGCCUCAGCAACUAUUGCAACAAGCUGCAUCAGCAACAUUAUUUGCAUCCAACUAUCAAGAAACGAACACAUCAAUUCUUUCUAAAGAAUCAAUAAAACGCAAGUCCAUCAAGGAAUCAGCCGAAUUCACUGAGGAAACAGACCUCGUCCAAAUCGUGCAAAUUAUGAAGAAGUGA